AUGACUUCUCUCACGAAAACUACAUAUCAGGCCUUUGCAUCGGCAAGGGCCCAGGGCAAUCCGGCAGCUAUUAUCGUCCUGCCGAAGCCCGAUUCCAGCACGGAGAUUGCUGAUGGCGAGUUCCCUUAUGAUCUGUUCCCUCCGGCCUCAAAGCUUCAAGAGACAGCGAAAAGCAUCAAUCUUCCAAUGACGGCAUUUGCACUGCCCCUCGAUCCAGAGAAUGAGUCGGCGAAAGCUCACUAUGCUGUUCGGUGGUUCAAUACCGUCAACGAAGCGCCGCUCUGUGGCCAUGCGACUCUGGCCCUAUCGCAGCACCUGUUUAGUACUCUUCCUAAUGCGCCGCAGACACUGAGGUAUCUCACCAGGCUUCAUGGUGUUGCCUCUGCUUCUCUCAACCAGAGCCCGUUUGAGGAUGCGAAGCUGGUUGGUAUUGAGUUUCCAGAACUUGUUAAUCUUCCUGGCGUGAAGAAGGAUGGCAAGCGAUGGGACGAGUUGAAGGGCCUGUUUGAGGGUGCAAGUGGUUCCAAGUGGGAGGGUAAAGGAGAGCCGGUUGGUGUAUUUGAGCAAGAUCAAUAUUUCUUGCUGGAAUUCAACCCUGAGCUUGACCUGAAGGCUCUGAAGUUCGAUGCCUCUAAGCUGGCGUCUCUCAAUGGCUUCAUCUACAUGUUCCAAGUUUCAACAAGCUGUUCAGAGCACAUCCAUACUCGAGUGAUCAACUGCAUAGCUGGCAACAAUCAUGAAGACGCCGCGACUGGCUCUGCUCAUCGCGCCAUCAUCCCUCAUGCCUUGUCAAACGCUGAGACUACUGCGCGGCUCAAGCAGUACCAUCCAGACUUUACUGGAAACACGCUACGAUCUUUGCAGCAGUCCAAGGAAGGUGGCGAAUUGACUGUUGAGUGGCUCCGGGAUACAAAGACUGUGAGGAUCAUGGGUAAUGCUUCGCGCACUGGCGAGACCAGUAUCGAGAUAUGA